CGCGCAUUGCGACAAUCUCUAACGCAUCACGAACUGUACUAUCGUAUACACGACGUAUGUGAUUGAAAAAUAAAUGUAUUAGAAAAAACAUUAUUACAGUAAACAGUUUACUAAUUAAAAGUGCAUAAAUUUACACAAAUAUAAUGUUCAUUAAAAUCAGUAUAUUCUGCUAAAUAACUGCAAAUAGUCGUGCAUUAUUGUACAUUUCGCCUUGUUGUGACAUCCGAUAAAAUCAUUCAACAAAAGAUAUUUAUCAUUUAUUUCUAUUUAAUAAGAGAAUUAUUGUUAUAAAUAAAAUAUAUCGUCAUAUCAAUAUAGACUAUUCUAUUCUGUAUAAUAAUAUAUCAUAAUAGUUCAUAUUAGAAUUUUAGUUUCCUAACCUUAUCGUUUGCCAGAAUUUUGAGUUAAUAAAGCAAACAACAGAGAAGAACAUGCCAAGGACAUGUGAUCAACGUCGAUCGCGAGAAAGAGAUCGCGAUCGUGAUAGAGAACGCGGCGAUCGCGAACGUCGUGAUCGUCGACGAUCCAGAAGCAGGUCCAAGGAUCGCAAGAAGGACAGAAAACGUUCUAGAUCGCGAGAACGAUCAAGGGAACGGGAUAGAUCACGUGAGAAAGACAGAGAUAGGUCCAGAGAGAGGCGUGAGUCCAAAGACAAAUCUAAAGAUGACAAGAAGAGGAAGCCAAGUCCUAUAUUUGUUAUGGAAGAUGAGAAUAAAAAAGAAAAUAAGUCUGAGCCCAAGAAGGAGGAAGACGAAGCAGAUGAGAAAGCAAAGUUUGCUCUGAAAAAAGAGCCACUCAGUUUAGAAGAAUUGUUAGCUAAGAAGAAGGCAGAAGAAGAGGCAAGAGCCAAACCAAAAUUCUUAACUAAGGAGGAGCGUGCAGCUCUAGCAUUGCAGAAGAGGCAAGAAGAAGUCGAUGCCAUCAGAAAACAGCAAGAUGAAAUACGUAAAAACUUAUUUCACAACGAGAGUACUGGGAAAGAAAGAGAAUGGGAUGAAAGGGACAGUUUGCUAAGCAGACGUAGAGAAGGUCAGCGUGCAAGGGAAGAAGAAAUCAAGGACAAGGAUAAAGAGAAGGAAGUAGAAGCUAUUAAAGAACGUUACUUGGGAUUGAUAAAGAAAAAACGUCGCGUUAGAAGAUUAAACGAUCGAAAAUUCGUGUUUGAUUGGGAUACUUCUGAGGACACAUCCGUUGAUUAUAACAGUAUUUAUAAGGAACGACAUCAGGUUCAAUUUUUUGGUAGAGGAAAUCUUGCUGGUAUAGAUAUCAAAGCACAGAAGCGAGAUCAGAGUAAAUUUUAUGGAGAGCUCCUGGAAAAGAGGAGAACAGAAGCAGAGAAAGAACAGGAGAAGAUGAGAUUGAAGAAAGUAAAGAGGAAAGAAGAAAAGCAGAAAUGGGAUGAUAGACACUGGUCAGAGAAAGCUCUUCAUGAAAUGACAGAGAGAGACUGGCGUAUAUUCAGAGAAGAUUACAAUAUCACAAUAAAGGGAGGUCGUAUACCAGAUCCAAUUAGAUCGUGGAAAGAAUCAGGAUUUCCUAAAGAAAUUCUUGAUAUCAUUGACAAAGUAGGAUACAAAGAUUUAACACCUAUUCAGAGGCAAGCUAUUCCUAUAGGACUUCAGAACAGAGAUAUUAUUGGCGUCGCCGAAACUGGUUCCGGAAAGACGCUCGCAUUUUUAAUUCCAUUGUUAUUAUGGAUUACCAGUUUACCAAAAAUUGAAAGACUGGAAGAAGCAGAUCAGGGUCCUUAUAGUAUAAUUUUAGCACCUACUCGUGAAUUGGCACAACAGAUUGAAGAAGAAACUAACAAAUUCGGACAGCCAUUAGGCAUAAGAACAGUCGUUGUUGUUGGUGGCCUUUCAAGAGAAGAACAAGGUUUUAGAUUGAGGAUGGGUUGUGAGAUUGUAAUAGCGACUCCUGGACGAUUGAUAGACGUUUUAGAAAAUCGGUACUUAGUUUUGAAUCAGUGUACUUACAUAGUAUUGGAUGAAGCUGAUAGGAUGAUAGAUAUGGGAUUUGAACCAGACGUGCAAAAAAUUUUGGAGUACAUGCCAGUGACAAAUCUGAAACCGGAUAAUGAGGAUGCCGAGAAUGAGGAAAAACUUCUAGCCAACUAUAAUACAAAGAAGAAAUACAGACAGACUGUGAUGUUCACAGCCACCAUGCCUCCCGCAGUAGAACGAUUGGCUAGGACUUAUUUAAGGCGACCGGCUGUCGUGUAUAUUGGUAGCGUAGGCAAACCGACAGAGAGAACAGAACAAAUUGUACACAUUAUGGGUGAGGCUGAUAAGCGCAAGAAACUUAUGGAGAUCCUCAGUAGAGGAGUAGAACCACCAGUAAUAAUAUUCGUGAACCAGAAGAAGGGUGCUGACGUUCUUGCUAGAGGUCUAGAGAAACUAGGCUACAAUGCUUGCACACUUCACGGUGGUAAAGGACAAGAACAGAGAGAAUACGCGCUCGCAUCUCUCAAAAGUGGUAGCAAAGACAUUUUGGUCGCUACUGAUGUCGCUGGUCGUGGUAUAGAUAUCAAGGACGUUUCAAUGGUUAUUAAUUAUGACAUGGCUAAGACCAUAGAAGAUUACACUCAUCGUAUCGGUAGAACUGGUCGUGCAGGAAAGGCUGGUCUUGCUAUUUCAUUCUGUACCAAGGAUGAUAGCCAUCUGUUCUACGAUCUUAAACAAACGAUACUUGCAAGUCCAAUCUCUACUUGUCCACCGGAGUUAUUGAAUCAUCCGGACGCACAACAUAAGCCUGGCACAGUGGUAACGAAAAAACGUAGGGAAGAGAAAAUAUUCGCCUAAAAGAUACACUAAUCGUAUGCGUUUGUUUAUAAUCGGUCCGUGUGUUUCUGUCUCCCAUGCGGUUACAUAUUUUUUUUUAUAAUGUAUGGGCAGAAAAGAGUUAUGACUGUGUAUGUAAACAAAAAUAGAAGAAAGUGUAAAUAUACAUACUAUGAAAAUGGA